UCUAUCUCUCUGCAGACGUCUGCUCGAGCUAUCUAGCUAGCGUGAGCUCAGGCAUGCUGUGUAUGACUAUGAUAUGGUGGAAAUUGUGUUGACGAUACGUCCUUCUCACGUGAAGAUUGUGGAUUCUUUUUACUUGCCCUCGAAUUUAAAAGGUUGAGUUGAAAGAAGAAGCCCAUCAAGAGCAGUUAUGUAUUCUUCUGGGUGCACCCCUGGUGGCAUGCCGUACACCCCAUUGUAUGUACACGCACCGGUGUUUGUCCCCAGCAAUGCCCCUGUACAAGGUGUUCCUCGACAGGACCAGCAGCAGUACCCAAGCUCCUACGUCCCACAGGCAAGACAGCAAAUGGUUUCUCCAGUCCAAGUUGCUUUAUAUCCAACGCCUUGUUCUAGCCCAUCUAGGCUCCAGCCAACGCAUGGCAUCCAACCUUUUUAUGGUCCUAGCUCUCCACCAAGUGUACAGGGAGUGCGUACAGAUGGAAUGCUAACAACUUGGCAGGGGCAUCAACCGCCCCAAGUUCAGGGGCAUCCGCCACCCCCCCUACAGGGUUACCCAGCGCCCCCAGUACAGCAAACUACUUCAGCCUACCAGCAGCCACAAACUUCAGGCCACCAGCCGCACUUUCAAAGCCUGCAGCCAUGUCCUCAGCCGAGGCCACAACCUCCAGCUGACACAAGACAUAAGCUGGUAGUUGCUCAAAACCAACCACAGCAUCUCCAACAAUACAAAUAUCCACAACCGAAGCCCUACACCCCUCAACAAUCCCAAUGCAACAGAGCCAUGUACUUUUCACAAACUACCUCGACCAUGGUGUCUUACACAAGUGACUCUGAGCGCAGAGGUUUUGGCGGGAAUCCCAGCAUUAAGAACCAGCAGGCUAUGUAUCAGAAACAGUUUGUUCAGAGUACGGCACAUGACCCCAACGUUAAGGAGUGCAUUCUUCCGCUGACUUCUCCAGAGAAACAGAGACUGUUCAGUCAAUUCCAUGAAACCCUGAGCAUUUAUGGCAAACUGGAUGUCUGCGACCAUCACUUACUCAGCAUCUUCAUGCAGUUGCCUGCCUCUAUCCGUCGUGGAAUCAAGAGACUGGGAGGCCUGAAAGUAUUCUUGGCGGAGGAGUUUCGGGUUGAAGGAGACAACGUUUCACUGAGAGAAGUAUCACCGGCGUUUCAAGAUGAUAGAUCCUAUGACCCAGCAGAGUGGGUGGAGAGCAAAACUGAAGACUUUCUUGUCACAGAGUUUAUGAAAGAGCCUCCUGUGAUGAAGAAUCGUUCCGAAGAUGUAGACGACGGCAACCUCCUGGAAAUCUGCUCCUUCUUGUCUGAUCAUUACGGAGAUGGAGGUGGUUACUAUGAUGAUUACAAGGCACUGUAUCCAGGUGGACAACCUUCGUUUGAGUCGCCAGUAAGAACCAAGGAUAAAAGCCCGUACUCAAAUCUUGGAAACAAACUGGCUGCAAAGGCAAAGCAGGAGAAAGCUAUUAACAAAUCCUUAGUCACCAACACCUCAGUCCACAUUAUUGACCACCAAGACACUGAACUGAAAGUCAAAACCUCCGUGCCAUCAUCACAUUCACAGAGAUCAUCGCCAUCACCGUACGUGACCAUGGGAGAGAAACUGGCCACUAAAGCCCAAGAAGUACGAUCGGGAGACAUUGGGAAGGAAAGUAACCAGAAACAACAUUCGAAUGUAGUCAGACAGAAGCACCUGGUUUUUGGUGAUCUACUGAAAAGGAAUGACUCAUACCAAUCAGAGUCGCAGGAAAUCAAGACGACGUCAUCAGCAGGUAGUCCCAAGUGGACGGGAGACGCCAGUGUCAGACCCAGAAUGGCUUCUAUGUUGAGUGGUCAUUCCACAGUUGAAGAGCAGACCGACUGGAUUCUGCACUUGAGAAGCCUCGCCAAUGUGAAGACUUUGCCGGUUAAGAACAACGAGUUGCCAGCAGAUACCGAGAUGGUGGAGUCACCAAAAGAGGAGGCACACUUGGGCUCUGCCACUGCGAGUAAACUGGCUGACCCAAGUCAUGUGGUGGGGGUAAAGACUGAGCUAGAGUCCGACAGAGAGUGGGCGUUAAAUUUGCAGACACUUGAGUUGCCAAGGGAUGAGGUUGCUAAUGAGCAAACUGUCCAGCUUCAAAGUGAGGCAGAUCAAGACGGUGAGCACUCGGCAAGUACUACUCACGAACUGGUGACCCAGCAGACUGAUGUAGCUGAAGACACUCUUGAAGAUAUUGAGUCUUUAUCGUCUGGAGGGUAUGAAACCCCGAGUGAAGAAGUUCUGCAGGCGUCCUCCAGUGACGGCAAGAUGAGCCUGAACUUGGAUUCAAGCACCGAGGAUGAUAACUGCUCAGAAACUGGAGAAGAGUUUGGUACACUUAUGGCUCUUCUGUUAAAACCAGAAUCAAAAAGGUCAUUGGAUGACAACAUCUCAGGAACGUGUAUAGAUUGUGUGGAUGAAACGACAACAACCAAAGUGGAAGGUGAUCAGAUCAACAUCAUGGAUGAUCUUGAGGGUGAUCUUGAGGGUGAUGAUGGUGAUCUCAAAGGUGGUCUUGGUGGUGAUCUUGAGGGUGAUGACAAUGGUGAUCUUGUAAGGGAUCUUGAGGGUGAUCUUGACUGUGAUCUUGAAUAUGAUGUUGAAGGUGAUCUUAGGAGUGAUGAGGGUGAUCUUGAAGGUGAACCUACUAAAGUGUUGGACCCAACUGAAACCGACUUUGAAGAGGUACACAUGGUGAACCUGCAAGAGACUCUUGCUUUGGCUGAGGCUGUUGAAGAACCAAUGGCAUCCUUAACAUCAACAGACAACUUUGACAUGAAUGCCCUGGUGCUCAUCGAGGAAACACCUUUAAAAGAUGAUGAUCAAUUACCUGAUUCCCAAUCACAAGACUGCGAUAUUGGACAACCAGACCAAACAUCUGAAGACUGCAUCAUAGCAGAGAGUCCAGAAGCUAAUAAAGAUUGCCAUAAGGACGAGGGACAAGCUGUCAUUGUUGACAAGAACUUUCCAGAGGUUGAGGAAGCUUUUCAACCGAGAUUACCAGUGGAAGAUUCUUUACCAUGUCUCGUCACAGAGAACUAUGACUCCUCUCAGAACCUUAAUGCACCUUUCGCUUUUAAACUGGGGUGUAUUGUUCCUGAAGAUGAAAUGACUCAAGAAGACAGAUGUGAUCCUUUCCAUUCUCAGUCACAAGGUCAUGAAGAGUCGAGAAAUGAGGCACUUGACAGCAGCUUAGAAGAAGCUUCUGACAACCAUGAGGAGGGCAAAGCUGUCUCAAAAAGCCAAAGUUUCCUGCCAAGCCAAGAAGUCGUCCCAGGCCAUAAAGUCGUCCAAAGCCAAGAAGUUGCACAAAGCCAAGAAGCUGACCAAAGCCAAGAAAUCAUCCAAAGCCAAGAAGUUGCCCAAAGCCAAGAAGCUGACCAAAGCCAAGGAAGCAAAGAAGUCGUGCGAAGCCAAGAGGUCGUCCAAAGCAAAGAAGUUGUCCCAAGCCAAGAAGUCUGUAUAAGCGUGAGCAAUCAGGAUACCGAAUCUGUUCAGCAUAGAUUUUCAGUGGCAGCUUCUCUCCCCACAAGUAACGCGAAUCUCAUCAGAGAGAAAGAUAAUACCUCGCAAAAAGUCAAUGCACCCUUGUCAGUAAGGUAUCGUCAUCGUAUGAUAAUUGUAGAUCAUACAUCUUCAGAAGACGGAAGUGAUCAGUCUGAUUCAUGGUCUACAGUUGAAGAAGAGAGUAAAGAUGAAGAAGAGAGUAGACCACAAGAGAAAUCGGAAGCAUCGGAGGGUUGUCUCUUAACAGAGGCUGUAGAGUCUCAUCCUGCUGACACUGGUGAGAGUCAGGCUGACGUCCCAAGCCACAAUGUCCACAGUGACAAACAGUCUGGUGACGAAUCACCAGUAAGAUAUCGUCAUCAUAUGGUACUUGUAGAUCACACAUCUUCAGCAGACGGAAGUGAUGAGUCUGAUUCAUGUUCUCAAGAUGAAGAAGAGAGUAAACCUCAAGAACAAUCAGAAGCAUCUGACGGUAGUGUCUUAACAGAAGCUGCAGAGUCUAAUCCUGCUGAUCAUGGUGAGAGUCGGGCUGUCGUCCCAAGCCAAGAUGUCCCCAGUGACAAACAAUCUGGUGACAAAUUGCUAGUUAGACAUCGUCAUCAUAUGAUACUUGUAGAUCACACAUCUUCAGAAGACAGAAGUGAUGAGUCCGAUUCAUGUUCUCAAGAUGAAGAAGAGAGUAGACCUCAAGUGCAAUUGGAAUCAUCUGCUGGUAGUCUUUUAACAGAGGCGGCAGAACCUCAUCUUGCUGACCAUGAUGAGAGUCGGGCCAUCUUUCUAAGCCAAGAUGUCCUUGUUGACAACAGCCUCACUAAGACACAACCAGGUGAUCAUGAAGAGAGUAGACUUCAGGAGGAAUUUAUGGAAUCAGAAGUCAGCAUAAUGAGAGAAGCCGUGGAGACAGUGCCAGAUACCGAUGAAGAGAGAUGUACAGCCUUCUUUAACCAAGAGGUCCUUAUCACCAAGAUUGCUUUAAAGACUAAGGACAGAGGAGUCAAUACUGAUGAGAUCCGUAAGUGCACCAGAGCUGUAAGUACAAGGAAGGAUGUAGAGAGGACGCUCGGUGUCAAUACUGACAUUGUCAUCAAAGAGGAUCGUGGAGUGGACACACCAACUGAACUUGAAGAAGCUUACAUGCAGAAGUACAUCAAUGCUGUGAACAGGGUGAAGGUUCUGGAGGCAACGAUGGAAAUUGAGCGAAGCGUGGCAGCAUCUCAGAAGAAAAAACACAGUCGGGAAAUGCAAGAAGCAAGAGAGAGUCUCCAUGAAAGCAAACAAAGUCAAAAGAGUGUGGAAAAAGAGUUGCAGGUACGUCGUCAUCAGCAAACAGCAGAGUUGAAGAAGACUACCAUGGAGCUGAGAGAACUGCAGGGUCGAUUCAGCAAUGCAAAGACCAAGAUUUUUGCUGGAGAGAAACUCAACUCAAGCCUCUCCAGUGAGUUAGAGUCAGUCACAAGACAGCUGUUGGAUCUUGAAGCAUCUUCAUUGAAGAGAGAGAUGGAAGAAGUCAAAAUAAAGAACAGUGUGGAGACUGAUACCCAGGAGCUUGAUGAAGCUCGUGAUAUGCUCACUGCUGAGCGUCUUGCGUCACUGACUCAACGAGCUAAAACUGCUGAACUCAAGGUUCUUGAAAUGAAGCACCAAGCUCUUGAGGAGAAGAUUGCUAGUACUCUGUCAAGUUCUUCUUAUACAUAUAACAUCUACGCAGAGAGCUCCAAAAUCAGCAUGUACGAGAAAAACCAACUGGCCUCAAGAUUCACUGCCUAUGAGGACACCAUUAAGGGACAUGUUUCUAAGCUGCAGUCUGACUAUGAAGCUUUGGUUCAGAUGAUACAGCAUGAAGACAAGGCACCAGACCAGCUACAUGAACUGAAGAUUCCAUCUAUAGAUACAUUUGCUGUCUCGGUGGUAAAGAAGGUUGUGAGUCAGUUUGUACUCAAUGAGUCAGUUUGUACUCCAUUUAGGGGGGUGUUUUUUUUUUUUAUAAAACCAAGACACGAACAUGUAAACCUCUACCAACAAGGCACUGGUUCAAGCAGCGAGCCAUCAGCUAGAACCACAACCCCAACCCCCCAUUCAGAUCCAAGUCCUGGUCCUGCCUCGGAGGGUCCUGUCAUCAUCGGUUUUGUUGACAGCGAGACGCCAUCUACCGUCCAUGGAGGAGGUCUUAGUAGACAUCAGAGGGUUCUGGGUGGAGCGAGGAAGGGGAGAGGACGGGGUAGGAGAGGAUCUGGUACUGUGAGCGGCGACAACAGUCCCAUCAGACCUGGACACCAUGCACUUCAAGAAGGCGAGGACACUCUCCAAGCCCAUCCAACCAAGCCUGCUCCCGAAACCCUGGAAGCAGAUGAGAUGCUAAGUAACCGGCCACUACCAGAUCCCACACAGCAACCUCGUACAGAUCUGCCAGAGACACCGUCCGGUCUGGGUGCAGCUUCCAUGCCACCAGGCUUAAGAACUCCAGCAGGUGGAUCUGAUGGACCUCCUGGACUUACUGAAAACCAGUCCAGUGAAACCAAAGCGUCCAAAGAGGCAACUGUCCUCACCAGAGCUGAACGCAUCAGGAACAUGCAGCGGAUAUUCAGCAGUGGUUCAUCCCUUUCUAGGCUGAGGUCCAAAUUCUCAGAGGGACUCUCAUCUCAACUUCACAUGACUUUAGGCUCCCACUCUGGAGAAAUCUCCGCCAGGAGGCUGAAUGCAGGACUCUUGCCUGUCAAGCAGCCAGCUCCUCAAGUGGCUUCUCAAGGGGUGGAAGAUAAAGUGCAACAACUAGACACAACCUCUGAGGGAAGCCCCACAACCUCUGGCCAGGGGCAGGAGUCUCACAAUCCAGUAUCUAGUGCAUCUUCAAGCGCUGUGCUCGCCACUAGUCCAGAUCAUGAAGAAGUCAAUAAGAAAGCAGAUUCAGAUGAGACAUCUAAGGUAGCUACUCCUCUGCUCGAGGUUCCUCAGGAGGCAAUGCAUCAAGAAGUGUCAGCACCAUCUCAACAUGUCAGUGAGACUAACCAGCCAAACCAUCAACAGCCUCAUCAGUCCCAUCAACAAGCUCAUCAACACCAAAGUUAUCGUGUUCCAAGUCAGCCGUCCUUCUAUCCGCCCCAGAGACGCACGGCUCUACUCCCAACACCUCCGCCACCCUUGAUUAGGCCCAAACAUUUGCAACGACCUGCAGCUGUUUCAUUUAGUGAACAAAUUCUUUUUGGAGCUUACCAGAAUCAGCAACGGAACCAGUACUUCCAUGGAAGGUCUACUGGAUUUCCUCCAAUAUAUCCACAAACAAAUCCUCAACCUUAUCUACGCCAGAUGCCAGGUAAGCCUCCUAAUUGGCAAGGAACGGCAAGUACAGAACCUCGGAUGCCUCAGGAUAUUACUAGUAAUCCUCAGAAAUGCAAAAGUAAUGUAGAAGAAGUGGCAGGUAAUCCUAAAGAAGUGGCAGGUAAUCCUAAAGAAGUGGCAGGUAAUCCUAAAGAAAGGGCAGGUAGUCCUAAAGAGGUGGCAGGUAGUCCUAAAGAAGUGGCAGGUAAUCCUAAAGAAGUGCAACAAAUGCCAAGUAAUCCACAAGUAUUUUCAAGUUGUCCUCAGAUGCCAUUGCAUCCUUCUCUAGAGAAGCCUUUGCCUGGUAUUCUUCAGCAUGAUGUGGUCAUGGAAGAGACUGUCGAGUCUGUACCCAUUAUGCUUGAAUCAGCAGAUAGACCAAAAAUUAUCGAGUCAGGCAAUCCUGGAGUUCAUAACCUUGAUGAUAGCACUGAGCCAGAAGAGUUUGAAGCUCUACUCAACCAAGAAAUUAAUGACAACACUGAUGCUGAUCAACGGCAGGAGGCUGGUAUCACAUCAAGCAGAAGCAGACAUCUUUCAUGCGGGUCGGCCGGGCCACGUUCAACCACAAGCCACGGCAAUUUGGUGUUCGGUACAUCUGGCGUUCCUGGACCUGCUUCUGAUCAAAAUGCUAGCAGCUCUGACUUCAAUUCCUGUGGCCAGAACAUCACGGCAGCUCAGAGAAUCAGUAUGGAGUGGAAGGCCAAGAACAGACUUGCUAACAAAAGAGAUGUUGAAAUUCAAGGUACAGGUUUGUCGACUUCCCAACCGCUUACCGCACCACAGUCCUCUGUUGAUACCAAACAGCUUCCCUCAGUUGAGCCCAAUAUAAGGUCACACCAUGCAACUAGUACCUUCUUCCAACAGAAGACAGCCGAUGUGAACACCAGAAGCUUCAACUUCACAAGUGACAGAUCCAACAAAGCCAACUUGCCACCGAGAUUUCAGGCGCAGAUGGAGUCACAGAAGAAGCAGGUUCAGAAGCCGCGUUUGGGGGUUGGUAUCGACCACAUUGCACCUCUCAUGUCAGUGUUGCCAGGGAUGGCCAAGGCUGCUGGGGCGGAGCCAGGGUUGAAGAAGAGGAAGAGUCGGGAUGCUUCAACAACGGAGGAGGACAAGACGAGAGAGAAGAAGGUGGCAGCUGAGGAAGAUGUCAAGACCACCAAGGAAGAAGCAAAGAAAGCAGAAGCUGAUGAAUGGCAAACACAGAUGAGUAAACGAAAGAAGCGAGCCAUGGCCCAACAGGCAGAGCAGAAGCAGCAACAGUCUCCAGCAGGGAAGGCAAUGGGUGGCUCGCUGGAUAAGCUGGUUGGAGUGUUGUCCAAGCAGUUUGCUAAUGUCAAAAUGAAGGAGCUUCUUGAUGUGAUCAGGCAGGUGCGUAUGGAUCACAACGGCAGUCUGAGCGGUAUCCCGCUCAACACUAUCCUAGCUGAGUCUAAACUAUACCUAAAGACCAAGAGGGAACAAUGCCAACCCCACCAGACUAAACCACAGACCUACACCAGGCAGGAUGGUCAUACUAAAGGGAAGGAACUACCGACUCUACAAGCUAUCAAGCAGGCUGGACCCUUACAGGAAGCUGCGGACAUCUGUGUGAUAUGUCAGGAUGAUAUGAGUUCUAAGGGAGGUGAUGUCCGAAUGCUGGACUGUGGACAUCUAUUCCAUGAUGAGUGUAUCAGCAAGUGGUAUGUCACUCGAGAGAGAACCUGUCCUGUCUGCCGUUGCCACACCCUCUUUGUAGAAGACUUCCCUCGUCUUCAGUGAUGUGGAAACUCCUUUUGGAACUCCUUCAAGUGACGAGUAAGUGAUACGACCUCACUUUCUCUUUUAAAAUACCCAAACCCUUUAUAAAGCUUGAUGUAUUCACACUAGUUCAGGGCUCAAAUUUUAGACUGGACCACAGGCCAGCGGCCAGUAGUGUUGAUGCCAGUAAGCUCAAGUCAAGUAGUAUUUUGCUUUUCAAUUGAAUCUGUGUAAUAUUUAUUUUGAACAAAAGUGUCAACUUUGAGUUUGAUAAAACAAUUCCAAGUAUUAUUCCUAAUACUCGACCUAUACAGACAAACGAGAUAAAUCAUAUCUAAGCACUGAGUUACAUGUCUUAGCACGUGUUCAAAUAAAAACAGUUCAAUGCAUGUUAAAGGAUUUGGGUACUUUUUGCAACACAAAACACAAUGUCCA